AUGUUCAACUUGAAAUUACACCGAUUAUUUUUUCCGUCUUUAGCAAUUGUAACAGCAACAACAAUAACAACUACGACCGCGACAACAACAACAACUACGACUGUGACAACAACAACAACAACAACUUCUACUACAACAACAAAAACAACUUCUAGUACUACCACGACGUCAACCACUACCACAACAACAACGUCAACCACUAGCACAACAACAACGUCAACUACUACCACAACAACAACAUCAACUACUACAACGUCAACUACCACAACAACCACUACUACAACCACUUCGACAACAUCGACAUCAAGUAAGUCCACAGACGAAUAG